GUAACCGCAUGCCUAAGUUGCCUGCUGGCAGCUGACGUAUCCAUAUGACGAACACGUUGUCAUACUGAGUGGAUUUAAAGAAAACUGGGAAAGUGGAAUGGAUUUAUUUUUUCUUUAAUUUUUAAAAAAUUGCAAGCAGUGGAUGAAAUGAGAUUGUGAAAGAGGAGCACACCCUGCUGCAUCCGGGUGUCCUCAAGCUGCACCUGUUGCUGUUUAACCAGGAUAAACAGUGCUAUUCUUUCCAAGACGACCGCUACAAAUGCCUGUGCUACCGUACUGUUUACUAUGGCAGGAAAAACCGCUGCAAUGGAAACCCUGCCAGCCGGUUGGACGGUGUACACCUGUGAGCAGGAAAGAGCUGAGACAGGCCUGUUGAAGGGAGAAUCUGAUGACACUAAAGCAAACACACAUGUUCAAGAUCUGUUCCAUGAAGAUGCAAAGGGUUUUCAGCAGUUGAGUCAGCCGUGGUGGAGGAUCAAAGUAUUUGUGUGGGAGCCGGUGCUUUUUGGCACCUGGGAUGGAGUCUUCACCACCUGCAUGAUCAACAUCUUUGGUGUGGUUCUGUUCCUGCGUACUGGCUACCUGGUGGGGAACACAGGAGUGCUGCUUGGGAUGGUUCUCGUCUCCAUGGUUGUGUUGGUUGCUUUAGUGACAGUUAUGUCGGGAAUCGGUGUGUCUGAACACUGUGGUGUUGGGAGUGGAGGAAUCUACUCCAUGAUCUCUACCAUCCUAGGGGGAAGGGUCGGGGGCACUGUUGGCCUCCUUUAUGUGUUUGGGCAGUGCGUCGCUGGGGCGAUGUACAUCACAGGGUUCUCCGAGUCGGUGGCAGAUCUGCUGGGUCUUCAGACUCAGUGGGCGGUGCGCUGCAUGUCAGCAGCAGUGCUGCUAGCCCUGCUUGGAAUCAACUUGGCUGGUGUCAAGUGGAUUGUCAGACUUCAGCUGCUCCUCCUGGCUGUUCUGGCCAUCUCUACCCUGGACUUUGUCAUUGGCACAUUCACACACCUUGACCCAGAGCAUGGUUUCAUUGGUUAUUCAGCUGGGCUGCUCAGCAGCAACACUAUGCCAGAUUAUACCACUGGAGAAAACUUCUUUACAGUAUUUGGGGUUUUCUUCCCUGCUGCUACAGGGGUUAUGGCAGGCUUCAACAUGAGCUCAGACCUUCAGCGACCUGAGCACAACAUCCCCGUGGGAACACUAGCAGCUGUCUUCACCUCGUGGUUCCUGUAUCUGGUCUUUGUCUUUCUCCUGGGGGCCAUCUGCACCAGAGAAGCUCUACGCUAUGACUUCUUGAUAGCUGAAAAGGUCUCCUUGGUGGGUUUCCUCUUUCUGCUGGGCCUCUACAUCUCCUCCCUGGCUUCCUGCAUGGGCGGCCUGUAUGGAGCACCCAGGAUCCUUCAGUGCAUCGCCCAGGAGAGGGUCAUUCCCUGUCUGGCCUUUCUGGGAAGAGGGAAAGGCCCAAACAAGACCCCGGUGGCGGCUAUCUUUCUGACGAGCCUGGUGACGAUGGCCUUCAUUUUCAUCGGCCAAGUUAACAUACUGGCGCCCAUCGUCACCAUCAACUUCAUGCUCACCUACAGCUUUGUCGACUACUCCUACUUCAGCGUGGCCAUGAUCUCCCACCUUCAGAAUAAAGAUAAGAGGGACACCGCCUUAUUGGGCAAAAGAAACCAGCGCAGGUCCACCAGGCACAGCAGCACGUCACUGAUUCAAGCCAAUCUUCCAAACUAUGGAAGUGAUGGUGGGAGUCUGCAGAGUAAAGGCACUCUGCUGGAGUUCACUAGGGACAUGGACCAGAUAUUUCCACCUGUGUCAAAUGUGGACUCUGGAGCUGAGAAGACCUGCAUGCAAGAGAUGAACAACACAUCCAAGAGCAGAAAGGCUACUGCUAAGCAGAAGCUAAUGGACAGCUUUGGUUUGGACUCGAACAUCAGUGUUUCCUCAGAAGAGAAAGAAGAGGGGACAAGUUCUGCUUCACUAGAAGAGGAAGACCAGGGGCCAGGUGGAGGAGGAGAGCUCAAGGCUGGAGAGGAGCCUCAAAUCACAGGCUAUACAAAUGUUGGUCACGUUGAGCAGGAUUUGCCUGCUGAGACUCACAAUUACAGCACAGGCACUGGAGGUAAAGCAGAACACCAAAGCUUUGAAAUCCAACCCAAGCACAAUUCCUUCUAUGCAAAGUUUUGUAACCGCUGGAUCGCUCUCAUUGGGGCAUUGAGCUCCAUAUUGAUUAUGUUUGUUAUUCAGUGGGUUUACGCCUUAACAAACAUAACAUUUGCCUUGCUGCUCUUCUUCUACAUCGGGAAAACAAGUCCUGGACUACCAAGAGGAAUUGCAGCUCAGUUCAGCUUUUUCACGUGGUUCAAAUCGACACUGAGUAGCAUUUGCAGGAGAAAAGGAUCACCCAGGGAUGAGAUCGUAGUGACGCCCUCUUUGUCUGGGACUCUGGGGCUGAAAACCAAGCAGCUGACGGAGGAAAACGCUGACUUUGCCUCUCGUCACCGCUAUCAUCAAUCGUCGUUCAUCAGGGCCGACAAUAUGGUCCAACCACCAUUUCACUGACUGAAUUAAACACUGCCUCAGUUAUGCGUCGCAGCUGACAGCCUGAAUACCACAUUUUCUGCCUCAAACGGUGUCUCAUGUUGCACUACGGGCAGAAUACUGCUCACAUGUUAAGAAUCUCAGUGGCUCGAAUUGUUUUCCUGUGGUGGUUCAAGGAAAUCAAAGCUUUGCACAAAGGUUAUGUGGAAGAAUAAGAUACAUCAGAGACAGGCGAUAGCUAAAAUGUGCAAGUUUUCAUGCAAACAGACAAAUGCAGAGAUUUAUUAUUUUCUCUUAAUAUAAACUUCAACUUUUAACUCUUUAAUUUUCAACUGUUUUUUUUUGCCAUUCCAUUACUCUAAAAUGGCCUUUUAAGAUACAAAACUUUUAAAACAUAGUGUAUAGUUUAUAGAUGACAAAUACUUUAUCUUAUAUAUGGGAUUUUUUUGUCACAGCAGUUGCAAUAAUAAUAAUAAUGAAAAACUAACCUCUGCCCCACUAACCUGUCCAGUUAGUGGUCCAGAGGUUGGUGAGGAUGAUUGAUAAUCCACAAUCACUUUAUCCAGUCUGUUGUUGUCACGAGCUCUGACGCUGCUAACCCAGCAGAGCACAGCAAAGUACUUUACACUAACUACACCUCAUUGAUAGAAUAUCUCUAUGUUGCUGCACACAUAGAACAAGGCGCUGUGUGGGCUGUAAAACUGCAAAAGUCUUCUAUAAAUGCCGAUCUAUUUCCAAUCAAACCUAAAGCUAAUUUCAGCUGCUCCCUUCUCAUAAGGGAUUGGCACAGUGAUUAGCUCCACGUGUUUUGAUUUGAGAGCUUUACGCUGGAUGCUCUACCUGGCGCAACCACAAAUGGGAUUUGCGUCUCCAUAUCUAUUUGCACAUAAUAAUCAAAAAGCGAAAUCAGAAGCAAAAACUUUGUUUUAAUGUAUUCUAUCUGGACAAAAGUACUGGACCACUUACACAUUAUACCUACAGGAUCUUGCUCGGCCUUAGUAACCCAUGCCACGAAGCUCUCGGUGCACAGUUUUUGUGCUGAUGUUAAUGCCGUAGGAAGUCUGGAGCUCUGCAGUCACUGAGUCUGUAAGGCGUUGGUGACUUUCAGGCACUUCACACCUCAGAACGCAGUAACCCUGCUACUACCUUGCAUGGUCUACCACUUUGUACUUGAAUUGUUUCGGCUCCUAAAUGCUUCUCCUUUGCAAUAAUACCAUUUAGACAUUUUAAAAAGUACUUGUUGUUAUAGUGAUAUCUAUUACGCUACCAUACUCAAAUUCAGUGAGCUCUUUAGAAUCAGUUUUUUGAAAAAAUGUUUUUCAAAGGUAGACUGCAUGGAUAGGUGCUUGGUGUUAUACACCUGUGACAAUGGGCCUAAAAAUACUUGAAUUCAAAGUCUGUAUAAUGUGUUCAUAGCAUAUCUGAAAGUAUCAAAUAAUGAGUUUUUUUCCCAUGUGUGUAAAGCACUUUAACAGCUCUCCUGGUUAAAAAAAAAAAAAAAAAAAAAUAUUUGAAGACACUACUUGGUGUGAAUUAAAUGCAUGCUAAAUGUUUUUUUGGGGGGUGGUUUUCAGUUACAAGUAUGAUCUGCAAGUAUCACAGAGUUCAAGAGUCAGUGUUCGAGCAAAGCUGUGAAAACCACUUCCUCUUAUCCUGUUUCUGUGAAAGCAACAGCCCGCCAGUAGGCACACAAGUCUGUAAACCUACUGAUUACUUAUUUUCUUAUCACUGGGCAGAGCUGUAGAAGGGUUGGUGUGCUUUGUGCCUUUGCAGUGACUAAGAAGAAACCCUGUGUGGUUGGAAAAGUUAGUAUGUGACUUUCAGUUGAGACACAAUGCCUUGAAAUGUGAGCAGUGGGAAUUAAAUACACGAUGGAGACAGGACUAAAUUCUACUCACUUUUGGACCUACAGGAUGUUUGGGCUUUGUGUCAUGCAGGAAUGAGAUUAGAGCAAAAUGUCUGCAGAAGAUGAAAAAAUAAUAAUAAUGUGGUUUGUAAUUUAAUGCACUUUCACCAAUCUUUCAUUUGCUUGCUUUGUUUGCACCAACCACCAAAGUCACUGAAGCAAAAGUUCCAACAAUGUGUGUUGCACAGCACUGGUUUGAGAGGCUGAUUAUGUUUACAAUCAGUUAUGUGUCAAGACAAAUUUAUGCAUGUUUCUCUCUUUUUUUUUGUUGCUUAAUAGCCUAAAAAAAUGAACAAAUGAACUGCAGAAUAGUACAUAUUAAUUACAGCAAAUUUAGUUUUCCUUGGGAUAAAAUGUGCUAUAAAUAA